ACCGCGGCGCUCGGGUUUUGUUUGGGUCCUGGGAGGAGGGCCCAGGUGCCGGGGCCCGAGGUGGCGCCUCGCUAGCGGGAGAGGGAGCGGGAGCACCGGCCCGGAGAGAGCUCUCAGGGCCAGAGUGGGGCAGGAGGAUGCUUCCCCACCCCCGCCAUGGAGCUGCGCUGUGGGGGAUUGCUGUUCAGUUCUCGCUUUGAUUCAGGGAACCUAGCCCAUGUGGAGAAGGUGGAGCCUGUGUCUAGUGAUGGGGAAGGAGUAGCAGGUGGGGCACCAGCCCCUACCAGCACUGUUGUUUCUUCCCCUGACUAUGAAUUCAAUGUGUGGACACGACCAGACUGUGCUGAAACGGAAUUUGAGAAUGGGAACAGGUCAUGGUUUUACUUCAGUGUCCGGGGAGGGACUCCAGGGAAGCUCAUCAAGAUCAACAUCAUGAACAUGAACAAGCAAAGCAAACUGUACUCCCAGGGUAUGGCCCCAUUUGUGCGCACGCUGCCCACCCGGCCACGCUGGGAACGCAUUCGAGACCGCCCUACUUUUGAGAUGACAGAGACGCAGUUUGUGCUAUCCUUCGUUCACCGAUUUGUGGAGGGCCGUGGGGCCACUACCUUCUUCGCCUUCUGCUACCCCUUCUCCUACAGUGACUGCCAGGACUUGCUGAAACAGCUAGACCAGCGCUUUCUGGAGAACCACCCUACCCAUAGCAGCCCCUUGGACACCAUCUAUUACCACCGGGAAAUCCUUUGCUAUUCUCUGGAUGGACUUCGUGUAGAUCUGCUAACAGUCAGCUCCUGCCAUGGACUUCAAGAAGAUCGAGAGCCCCGUCUAGAGCAGCUGUUUCCUGAUAUCGGCACCCCCCGACCGUUCUGUUUCACAGGCAAGAGGAUAUUCUUCUUAAGCAGUAGGGUACACCCUGGGGAGACGCCAUCUAGCUUUGUCUUCAACGGCUUUCUGGAUUUCAUCCUUCGACCUGAUGACCCCCGGGCCCAAACCCUACGUCGCCUCUUUGUCUUUAAGCUGAUUCCCAUGCUGAACCCUGAUGGUGUGGUCCGGGGUCACUACCGCACAGACUCACGUGGAGUGAAUCUGAACCGUCAGUACCUGAAGCCCGAUGCAGUCCUGCACCCGGCCAUCUACGGGGCUAAAGCUGUGCUUCUCUACCACCAUGUGCACUCCCGUCUCAACCCCCAGGCCUCCUCUGAACACCAGCACAACUCCCAUCUCCCUCCUGAUGCCCCCCUUUCUGACCUUGAGAAAGCCAACAAUCUCCAAAAUGAAGCUCACCUGGAGCCCUCAUCGGCCGGGGAUAACCCGGAGGCCUGGACGCUGACAGAGCCAACAGAGCAAAAACCCGACAGCAUGUGGAUUGUGCCACAACAGGCUGAGGGGGAGCAGCCAGCCCCCGACUCCAUCCCUCCGAAAGAGAGUGGCGUUGCUUACUACGUGGACCUGCACGGGCACGCUUCCAAACGAGGCUGCUUCAUGUACGGCAACAGCUUCAGUGAUGAGAGCACGCAGGUGGAAAAUAUGCUGUACCCCAAGCUCAUCUCCCUGAACUCAGCACACUUCGAUUUCCAGGGCUGCAAUUUCUCAGAAAAGAACAUGUAUGCCCGAGAUCGCAGAGACGGCCAGUCGAAGGAGGGAAGCGGCCGUGUUGCAAUCUACAAAGCCUCAGGGAUAAUCCACAGCUACACACUUGAGUGCAACUACAACACUGGACGCUCGGUCAACAGCAUCCCUGCUGCCUGCCAUGACAAUGGGCGCGCCAGCCCCCCGCCCCCACCAGCGUUCCCCUCCAGAUACACUGUGGAGCUGUUUGAGCAGGUGGGACGAGCUAUGGCCAUUGCCGCCCUGGACAUGGCCGAAUGCAACCCGUGGCCACGAAUUGUGCUGUCGGAACACAGCAGCCUCGCCAACCUCCGGGCCUGGAUGCUUAAACACGUGCGAAGCAGCCGUGGCCUGAGCAGCACUGUGAACAUGGGUGUCAGCAAGAAGAGAGGCUCUCGGACUCCACCCAAAGUCAACAAUGGAUUGCCCGUUUCCUGCUCUGAAAAUACCUUGAACCGCACGCGGAGUUUUAGCACUGGCACAAGUGCUGGUGGUAGCAGCAGCAGCCAACAAAAUUCACCACAGAUGAAGAGCUCCCCCAGCUUCCCUUUUCAUGGCAGUCGGCCUACAGGGCUGCCAGGCCUGGGCUCCAGCACCCAAAAAGUCAGCCACCGGGUGCUGGGCCCCGUCAGAGAGCCCAGAUGCCAGGACAGGAGACGGCGGCAACAGCCACUGACCCAUCGCUCUACUUCAAGCAGCCUGAUCCCAGCCCCAACUCCUGCUAAUUCUGGUCCAGCCUCCUCACGAAACAUGGGUCCCUGCCUGCUGCCCAACUCACUCAGCAUAUCAGGGAGCAGCUGUUCAUUCCUAUCCUCAGGGGACAAGCCAGAGGCUGUCAUGGUGAUUGGGAAAGGUCUCCUAGGGACUGGUGCCCGGAUGCCCUGUAUCAGGACCCGAUUACAGGUAACAUUUUGGGGUCUUCCCUGGUCCCCAGCUAACAGCUAUGGCAGAGCCCAGCAAGGCAUUUCAUCUGGACAGUGGGAGGGAAAAUGUUACCGCCUCUCCCAGCCACAUCAAGAGCUGCUCUUGCCCCCCUUCUGACUCCAUUGCCCCCCUACCCUUCAGCCAGGUCUCUUGCUUGCUUCCAACCCAUGUCCCACCAGUUGUAACCCACCCUAAGCCCGCUAGCUCUUCCUGCCCCUCCCCUUAGCUUCUCCUCUCUUUCUGCCCAGACCUGCCCGAGGAGAGUUCCCGCCAGAAGGGGUCCCGGAUUCCCCAGGUAACACAUGUGGCUGCUGCUCCUAGGACAGCUACGCAACCAAUUCUGAUUCAGUCCCGAUCCCCAUGUGAGGCUGGCUACCCUUGGGUGUUGGCAGAAACUGACUGUAUGGGUGAAGCUUACGCUGCUCUGGCAGGGGCUGAGGCAGACUCUGAGGGAGGUCUAGCGAUCCUCCAGGAGGUGUCCACAGUGUCAUACUAUUCAGCCACACCUGACUGAGGGUAAAUGCUGGGCCCUUUUGCCUCCCCUGGUUGAGCAAGACUUAAGAGUGUGGUCAUAGACAAACCCUGGAGUUCUGUCGUUCUGCCUCACCCUCUCAGCUAGGGACAGUGCCCAGAAAUGAAAGAUUCCAGUACCUGUGUUUACUCCACUACACUCUUUCUGCAUGCAAACUCUAGAAGCUAACCUAGAGGCAAAAAAGCUCACAGAAGAAUCUAGCCUCUUAGCUUACCCCAUGUCCACACAGGCUAGGCCCAGGUUGGGCCGGGGCUCACCGCCGACUUGCAGAGGGAUGAGAGGCUCUUCGGGCCCCACAUCCCCUAUUCCCGGGACCAGGGAGAGCAGUGAGCUGGAGCCGGGACCCUGCUCUGCACCAGGGUGAGCACACAGUUCAGUCCCUCACCCCACCUCUCACUUCUAGCCCCUCAUCUCCGUUCUGUCUUUCAGGACCAUUGUCUUCUUUCCCUGUUCCCUUUGACCCCAAAAGACUGAAUGUACUUUUAUUAAGAAUCUAGCCCGUCUUCCCUGUCAUAGCCUCAAUCUUUACUUCAAUGUAUUAGAAAACAAACUUCAAGUUAGGGCCCAAGGCCUGGGAGCUGGCUGGUUCCAGCAUCAGGCCACAGUGUAAGACUCAGCCUGCUUAUCCUUACCUAGCUCACUUGUUAGCUCCCAACCCCUGGCUAAAAGCUCAGAAGAGGGGCAGAGUGUCCAUAGCCCUGACACUGUUUUCUUCUCUGUUGCAGGAUGCCUCAGGCCGGGCCCCCACGGCCCCACUCUGCCCCUGCCUUUUCUCCUCUCUCUUGUAGUCUCUCUGACUCCCAGUCCCG